CGGCCCCAAGGUUCCUGAUCCGGUCUCGUGGACCCUCUCUCCAUCCGUGUCGCCGUUUGCAGGCGGCGUGGCCAUGGUGCUGACACGAACACGAGCGACUCCGCGGCUCCCUGACUUUGUUGUCGGCAGUGGCUACGAGCUGAGCAUGCCUGUGUUUGCAGACGACGGUGAUGAUGAGCCUGUCUACACGGCCACAUUGCCUUGCGUAGUCGCCGGACCGAACACGCUGGCCUUUGUCUCGGCAGCGUCCAACAAGACUGGCUAUCACUCGCUGGCGCUCGUAGCCGCGCUGGGUUCACGGCACCGCCUGCCGCAGCUCAUCACCUACGUCGAACACGAAUGCUACGACGAAGGCUUUGUUUGGUACGGUGGCCGUUGCCAGCCGUGCUCGCGGUUCAAGGGUGCGCACUGUCCUGGCGGGGCGCGAUUCUGGCCGAUGGCAGGCUACUGGUCGCCGUCCGAGUCUGUCCCGCCGACAAAGUGCCGGCUGCCGUCGGCGUGUCCCGGAUCGGUGGGGGAGCUCGGCCCGUACCCUCCGCGCAUGUCUGAAGACGGCCUCCGCAUCACUGCCCAGUGCGCCGAAGGUUAUGCUGACGAGUUUUGCUCCACCUGCGCUGCGGAAUUUUACCAAGAGUAUGGCGUGUGCCGGCCAUGCGGCUCGGAUGCCUCUGUCAAGGCCGAGGUCGCCAUGAUUCUGAUUGUGGCUGGUGCCUACUUUUUUGUUGUUCUCCUCGCCCUCUUUUUCCUCUCAGCCAAGUCGCUUGUUAAGGUCGUCUCUGUUGUUGUCACCACCCAGCAGCUUGUCGCUGUCUUCAAGGUUGGCCUCCAGCAGCUCUCAGGCACGAUCAAAUCUGAGCUCUUCCCAACGAUUGUGCGUGUGCUCUCGAUUCUCAACUUUGAGAUCGAGGUGGUCAAGCCCGGGUGCUCGGUCGGCGCGCUCUCGUUUAUCUCGCUCUACUACGGAACCAUCUCAGUGGUUAUCCUCGCCGGUAUCGCUUUCCUGCUUGUCGUCUGGCUGCGUACAGUUUCGUGCCUCGCGUCGAGCAAGAUGUCUCGCCUGGACCACAUGCUCAGCCAUCGCAGUGGUGGCGAUACAACGUCGCGGAGUGGCGGGACGACGGGUCGGUCUGGCACGUCAGUCGCACGGGCUUCAAUGCUGCGCUCGCGUUCCAAGCAUGCCAUCAUUAUUCUUCUUGCGCUGGCCUACUUGCAGCUCUCGUUGCGCUCGCUACAAGCCAUCAAUUGUGUGCGUGUUGGUGACGGGAGCACUCGGCUGGUGGCCGAGCUCCGGGUCAAGUGCUAUCAGGGCGAGCAUCUUCCGGCAGCAGUGGUGGGGUGGAUUGUGGUCGUCAGUGUCUGUGCCGCCUUUCCCAUUUGGAUGGCUGCAAAGGGCGUGCAGAUGUACUGGGCGCUGCGUGCGCGACGGACCGAGGUUAUCCGGGUGGCCAUGGAGGCGUACGGCUUCUUGCUCCGUGGACUCAAACCACCGUUCUUCUGGUUCCGUGCGCUCCAGUUCCUCUCCACCUUGGCCUUUGUGGCCGAGACUGUCUUUAUUGGUGACGAGUCGUCGCGCAUCUUUGCCACUAUCAUCAACUUUGUGGUGACCAUGAUCCUCGUGGCGCUGCUGGAUCCUUUCCGCGACACGCUGCACACGCUGCUGUCGAUCGGAUCGGGUCUGCUCUCCUCGGGUCAGCUCAUGUACUUUCUCUACCUCGAAGACCGGACCUUGUUUGGGAUCUCGGUCGGGUUUCAGCUCGUCUUUCUCGUUUUGGUCGUCUCGCUCCUCACCUUUCACCUCUUGCGGCGACGGCGGAGGUCGGCGCAAGUUCACGCGCAAGGCACAGUCCCCGACGCCGUCAAAGCCCUCAUGCUGGGAGCACAGACAUCAUCCGCUUUUGUGCUGCACGACCCAGGCUCGUUGGUUCUGGCGGAAGGUCCGGCCACUGGCAUGUUCUCGUCGGCGUCGGACAUCUCCUCCUUCUCGUCGUCUACUUCCACGUCAUCGUCGGCAACGUCGACAUCGUCGGCAACGUCGACAUCAUCGUCGUCGACAUCGUCGUCGUCGUUGGCGUCUAGCCGGAAAGAUGUGGUAUCGAUUGCGCAUCGGCCGACGGCCGACUCGAGGCCGGCAUCGGGCCUGUUAUCAGGUACGCCUGGCACGUCGCGGAAUGGCACCACGUCGUCGCGGCCGACGUUCACGCCGGCGUCGUCAUCAUUCGAUUUCGCAAGUUCCGAGCUCGAGCAAGCAGACAUGUUGUCACCCGCCAAAGACUCGACUGUCUCGCUGGACAAGCUGUCUGGCAUGCGUUCGAUUGAUUCGUUGCGGCGAAGUGGGCCGAGGAAGCAGAUGUCGCGGGCAGUCCGCGACCUCACCACCGUCGUCGACCUCGUCGACCUCGACCUCAACCUCGUCGACCUCGACCUCGACUUUGUAGUCGAGAUCGUAAAGCACAAACAUCACGACGAUAGCGAUAGGUAA